AUGACUUGGACAUUAAUUGACCAAGAGAACUAUUCAAUUCGAUACAGAGGAGGGGACAUUGAUGAUGAUUUGUUGGAGUCCAUGUCAGGUCAAAUUUUUGAUUUAGAUGAUAUCAGUGCUAGAGAAGCAAAUUCAUUUCAAUACAGCGAAUAUUUAGUUUUACUGUCGGAGGCAUUAAGUGAAGAUGAAUGUUAUUUAAUGGCUGGAAAAUUAGAUUUCAUUGAACUGGUCAACAGACAGGGCGAGAAGAAACAGAAAUUCAGAAUCGAUUUAAAUGACUUUUGUUUAAAUAAUAAUAGAAUUUAUUUCACAUCGGGAGGGGACAAUUCCAUAUAUUACCUCUCUCCAUCAGGAUCCAUCUCAAAACUUUUGAGUACCGAUCCCCUGGAACCUGGAGGAAUAUGUAAUUCAGUGGAUAGUGGGUUUUAUGUUUCUUUAGAAGAUUCUGAAACAGAUGCUUAUACAUUAGACUCGCACAGCCGACGUUUAGUUAAACACUUGACAUUGACCGGUGAUGGCAUUCACGAGUAUGAGUUCAGGGAGGACGGUCAAACCAGACUAUUUACAAGACCGUACAGACUCUGUCAAAACAAUAACUCUGAUAUCUAUGUUACGAACUCUACAAAACAUGAAACAGGUGAGGUUGUGAUUGUCUUUGCUCGUGAUCGUCUGAGAUCUGUCUAUCGUGGCCAGAACCUGAAAGAGGACUUUUUUCCAUCCGACAUUGUGUGCGACUCCACCUGUAACAUUCUUGUUAUUGAAACAUCUAAUAUCCAUUUGUUGAGUCCGGAAGGGGAGUUCUUGAAAUACUUAUUGAGAGAAAAAGACGUAACACACCCAUUGGUAUUAUCGCUGUACAAGUCUGCACUGUGGGUGGGAACUGCUGAAGGGCUUGUGAAAGUGGUUAAGUAUAAAGGUUGCCAUGAUAUUUAG